UCAAUCGUAUUAACAUUUUCUCACUCUCACUCAUUCAAAACUGAUACUUUCACUUAACUGAGAAGGCCGUUGGUGAGAUUCGAAUUCAUAACGUUUUCUCUCGGAGUUGACUUGAAAUUAACCCGAAAUCCCAAUAUCAAAAAUUGGAAACCAGGACCUCAAAAAUGUGUGAUGCUAAAGAAGCAGAUAUAGUUAGGACCUCAAAAAAUGCAGAGUUUUCAUUGAAAGUGAUGAUAAAUAAAGAGAAAACUAAGGUGCUCUUUGUAGAAGCUAGCAGCCAUUUUACAGACAUUUUGUUAAGCUUCUUGACUUUGCCGUUGGGAAGAAUCAUCAAAGUCCUCCACAAACACUAUGGAGACGAGACACCCACCAUUGGAAGCUUAAACAGUCUGUACCAUAGCUUAGCAAAUCUCGAUAGCCCCCAUUUCGUGACAGAGGGUGCCAAGCAGACUCUGCUCAAUCCUACAAGCUCGUUCGAUGUUGAAAUCAAACAGCUGAAACUAGAUAUCACUGAUUCUCCUCUUAAUGAAUAUUAUAAGUGUAGCUAUUGUCGUUAUAGACUUCGCCGUUUAAGCAUGUGCUAUGAUAAUGUGAAGUGGUGCGAGGAAUGCCUGAGAACUAUUAUAAUAGAGCAAGAUGAAGAAAUGCUGCCUGAAGGUGCUUCUGGAGAUGGUGUUUUCACCAGGGAUAUAGCUUCUUUCAUAAUCUUUGAUGAUUUGCAGAUAUUUCCUAAUGAGACAGGACUCUUAGGAAUCUUAAGCGCUGUUGGCGUUGCAGACAUGGAGAAGGUUGAGCCAAUCAAAGUAACUUUUGGGUUCAAUGAGAUUAUGAGUUUGUUGAAGGCAUCGUUGAUUUCCAAAACUCCAUUCUCGGAUGUCAUACUGUGUAAAGCAAAAGGGGUCAAGAACUUUGUUAUUGUGGGAUUUGAACCUGAGACCUCGUUAAACCAGAUUGAGACUAAACAUGGUCCCAACUCUGAAAAGAUGAGUUUGAAAGUCGUGAUACAAAAAUCUACCGGUAAGUUAUUGUACGCUCAAGGCAAGGAAGAUUUCUUAGACUUUCUAUUUAGUUUCCUCCAUAUCCCAUUCGGAGGAAUUGAGCAUCUUCUAGCCGGAAAGACUUGUAUUAAGGCCAUAGACAACUUGUAUCAGAGCACAACUGAUCUUACAGACUGCAAGUAUUUCAGGAGCCCAGAUACGAAAAAUAGGCUAAUCAAACCCAACGUUGUUCACGGUUGUAUUUCUGAUAACUACAUUCUUCCCCUCACUCAAGAAACCUUACCGGAUGAAUAUAGGAAAUUCUUUAGGUAUUCAUCUGCUAAGUUUCCUAAUGGCAAGGGGAGUUAUCUUAAAGGACCGUGAACUUAUCAGAUCACAGAUGAUCUAACUGUGACACCACUCUGUGUUUUCUCAAUCCUUUCCAAUCUCAAUAAGCAGAAAAUCCAUGUAUCUGAUGUCCAAGAAGUGGAAAUGCAAAUCGGGUCGAAAGAGGUAAUGUAAUGGAGUAUGGGUUUGAGCAUAUUGAAAGCCUCUAUUACAUCCACUUCCACGCUGUCUGAUGCUCUGCUCAAUAACAUAUCCGUCAAACAACCAAAGACAGAGCACUGAGUUUGAUCAUUGUUUUACUGCCUAUAUAAGUAAACUUGUUUGCUAGUGCUACAUAAUUGUGGAUCUUGAUUCCACUCGUUUUUGGCUUAUAUUAGUACCUUUAGUUUGUUGCUGUAUUUGUUCUAAGGAGACUUUUAUUCUAUGAUUUCAACCUAUAAACCAAAGCCAGAACAAUGAGCCUUUAGUUUAUUGCUAGUACUUGUUUUUCUGUCUCACAGCAGAAACAGACUCUCGCACUUCUUCUCUGUUUGGUCUUCUUUUCCACUUUAGUGAGCAGAGCGUCGGUGAGAACACAUUUUGAUGUAAGAGAAGCUUUGAGAAUGCUCAAACCCAAUGUGUCUUACCUCAUUUACUCCGAUAUUCAGCCCCACUUCUUCAACAUCAGUGUUGAGGAUCAGUGUGACAGUUAAAUCAUCAGUCACCUUAUAAGUCCUUGGUCCUACAAGAUAACUCCCUUGCCCUUUCGGAAACUUUGUUGAAGGAGCAAGCCAAUUUGUGUUCAUCGAGGGGGAAAGUGUGAUUUUUGGAUAUAUAACAUGAGGUAUAUUGGGCUACAUUAACCUAUUUUUGUUAUCGGGGUACUUGAAAUACUUGUUGUGGAUACAACCAGCACUCGUAUACAAGAACAUGAGAGUUAAGCGACAAAAGGGACUCGACUCCACCUAGUGGAAUUACGAGGAGACUAAACAGAAAGUCUAUGAAAUCUUCCUCAGCUUCAGCAUACAAUAGCUUGUUCGUGGACUUUUGAACUGAUCAAAUCGUUCCAUGGAAUAAUAUAAGGUAGAAGGAAGUAUUUUUCAGAUAUUAUUUUUAGAACGGAAAACAUAAGUUUCAAAUAUCCUUAACAGAUAUUCCGGAAGAUGUGUUCUACUA